AUGGGCGUUUUUGGCAUUUUUAGCCUUUCACCUGAGAGGCACGGUAUCACUCCAGGAGGGUUACCCGCCAGCGUGAGGAGGACAGAAGCCCAAGGAAACAGGGGCCGCCAGGGAACACCAUCGCUCCCGGCACCGCAGGAGAGCGUCAACAGCAGGAGCGCGCGCCUGCCCUUCCCGCCCUUUUGUAACCGCCGCAGCACGAGCACCGCCUCCCCGGCCGUCGCCCAGCAACGCCCGAGCCGCGAGGGCCUGGCCCGGCCUCUCAGCCCCGUCUCCGGCCGCUCCCGCCGCGGGACAUGGCGCACCGGCGCACCGGCCUGCCCUCGUCAGGCAACUUGGAAAAAAUACAUUGAAAGUGAACUAGAAACUGCAAAAAGAUGGUCUCACAAAUGGGGAUUCUUGAAAAGACCUCUUGAGGAGUUGAUUGAAGAUGAAAAGAAAGAAAAUACAAAGCCCAAGAUACAGCUUCCAGAACAUCUGCAGGUUCGACCUGUGACGCCCGUGGAAAAAUACAUUAAGGUGAUUCCAUCUCCUCCAGUACCUAAGACUACCCAGGGAUUUAUUGGCUGGAGAUCAGCUGUUCCAGGGUUGGAACUUGAACGUGGUUUUCAAAUCCAAAGCUGCAAAGGUACCUUUUUUAAGGAUUUGAAGUGGCCAUGUGAACCCUCUGACUGA